AUGCUGAAGAAGAAAAGAUUCUCUGGCCUAUUCGGCGUAGGCAUGACCGAGAUCCCCUCACCAGGACCCGAACAAACCAACAACAUAAACGGAAACAACGCCAGCGGAUUCAGCAGUCCCCAGUUACUCUCCAACCAAGGCCGCCAAUCUUCCAUGUCCAUGCUCACCACCACCACCACCACCGACGGAUACUUCAACAGCAAUACCAACCCUAUCAAUAAUACUAAUGGAGCAGGAGCAGGAGGAGUAGGAGACGAGGACCCUGCAGGAAACGUACUGACGAGGGGGGAGGUCCACGCAUCGUUAGAGAAUCUGAAGAAACUGGUGAUUGCAGCAGAGUCGUAUCGGGAAUUGACGACUAAGCUGGCAAAGACGACGAAGCAGCUGGGGAAGUGCUUUAAGGAGUAUGGGGAGACAAAGGGCAUGGAUAGUACUUAUGUCAUGUGUCUCAAGUCCUCGGCCAACUUUUACGAGUCCUUCUCAGAGAUGGAAACCAAACUGGCGACGUGUCUUCAGAAGGAUUUUGAGCAGCUGCAGGGCAACUGGGAAAAGCACACCAAACGGGUCACCAAAGACGAGAGGGCCCAUGACGAGAUUCUGGGAGACCUAGACGAGCGAAUCAAAAAGAUUAGCAUGAAUUACGACAAAAAGAACAAGCGACCCGAUCCCAACACCGCACUCAUGUCCCACGAGAAAUACAUCUCAACGCUGUCUGAACUGCAAGAAUCAAUUGCGAGUGCAAAGAAGGACCAUCGGAACACCGUCGCGCGCAGGGAGAGAUAUACACACUCGCUAACAGCACAAAUCGCCUGUCGAUUGUCCGAGGCUCAGUUCUUGGCGAUCGAACGACACCUUCGUGGAUCAGGACCUAGUCUGUUAAAGAUCAAGGAGUGGGCGCCUUACGCCGGGCAGGAUAUGCCUCCACCGACUCUGGUCACUAAUGGCGAUCCAACGAUUGAGAUCCGGGGUGGGACUUUUGAAGAGUAUAUUGCCAGGCAUACCCCCUCAGGCGGCGGUGGUGGAAAUGGUGGUGGAAAUGUUGCAGGGAAUGGACUUAAUGGCAACAUGCCCUAUGUCCCAGGGGCAUACCAGUCGCAGAGAAUGGACCCAGGAAUGGCGUCACCGAACGGUUCACCAGCGCCUAUCACUCUGACAGAGAUGCCCCAAAUCACCCUGCCUCCCUUUGCUCCCAUGCAACAACACUUACAACAACAGCAAUUGCAACAGCAGCAACAAGGAGGCAGUGCUGCCCCAGGGAACCAACAACCCUAUUUUCAGUCCCCAACGCCUACAGGAUUGCCAACAACCAUGCCUAUCCCAAAUGUUGUAACCCCAGCAGCACCCUCGACAAGACUCCCCACCAACAUGCCAGAACCUAAAAACUAUAUCACUCCACAACAGCAACAGCGCCAGUCCAUCAUUGAUCCAACCCCUCCUCCACAGAUGAUCACGCCUCAACCUACUCGAGUCGACAAGAUCCUGACUACGACGACUACGACGGGAGGAAGACCUGUUGUUGUCAAGCCCUCGGGUACUGACCAUAAGGUCUUGGUCAAGGAGGUCGCCAUUCCUCAACCGGCGACAAAGACCAUUCUUGUGGGAAAGCCUGCCGUCGUAUCGACCGACUCUACAGUGAUUGUUGCUGACCCAGUGCCAGUCCUUACAACCUCACCACCAACCACUCCGGGAGCCUUUCCGACCAACAACAUCACCAGUGGGAUCACGGCAGUCUUGACCAACAAAGAGCAAGAGCCAGUUAUCCACAAACCGGCCGUGGUGGAGACAUUGGGGACAGUGACACAAACUGCUGACGGCGGGAUAGUGGUCAAUACGAACCUUGACGGGAGUUGGCCAGAAGAUCAUGGAUCGGUCAGUACCAAGGUCGGCGGGAGUAGUAGCGCCACAGAAGACGGCAGAUCGACGACUCGCAGUGGCGGGAGUGGCGGUGGCCGCCCCGGGGACCAGGCGGCUAUGAUGACAGCCAAGCUGGAUUAUUUUCGGGAAAGCCGGGCUCUGACGGCGGCGGAUGAGGCUGCAGAUGCGGCGGCGCUGGAUCGGUACCAUCGCGAGAACUAUUCAGGGCGAUACCGGUAUGCGGAUGAAGAAAGUGUUGGUGGUGGUGUUGGUACAGGUGCCAGGUUUAGAGGACCUGAUAGUGGUGGGCCUGAUGACCGGGACCAGGACAGGGACAGGGAUCGUCAUCUGGACGAUGUGGGGCCGGAUGAUUUGUAUGAUGACCCGUACUCGGGUGACCAACACGACUCGUAUUAUGACGAUGGCGGGGAUGACAUUGCACGGGUUGAGCCCCGCCGGUUCUAUGAUGAUGACGAGUCACAGCAUUCGGGCUCCAUCCCUAUCCAGCGCGACCGCGAGUACUAUACGACGAGAUAUGAGGAACAGCAACAUCGGGAGUACGAUCGGUCGUACCAGCAUUAUUCGUCUUCCAUGCCUGCGGCCCGACGCCAACCAGCUUACCCGGAUGACCGAGACAGAGACAGAGACAGAGACCGAGACAGAGAGCGGGAGCGGGAUCUUGAUAGAGGCGAUUGGGCGACUGCCGCUUCUGCCCUGGCGGCUGCAGAUGAAGUCAGUAGUCUGAGUGGAUAUGCCCGUGAGCAGUACCCGGCCUCACGCGAGUACCCAACAGCGCGACCCACCUUAGAAGAUCGAGAACGGGAACUGGACAUUAUCAACCAGAAAGUCGCUGCUGCUGCCGCUGCUGCGAAUGCCAAUGGUGGUGGAAGGACAUCGCGAGUAGCACCAGGAGCUGACCCCAAUGGCAAUGGGUAUGGCCCACGUCGGCCGGCCUCUUCUGCACCUGGUACGGUAGCUCAAAUGCGUCGCCGGUUCUCCGACCUCAGUGUCUCAGACAUGGCAGCCGUCUCUGCUGCUUCUGGGGGCAUGACAUCACCAGGUCCCCGACCACGCGGGAUGAGCGGUUCAGGGCAAUCAACACUGAUCCAGGACUCUAUCCGGAGCAGGGGAGAGCGGGACCGAGAUUCGAGGUAUCCGCCUCGUGCGUCCACCCCUCAGAGUCGUGCUGCCGUCACUGCGACGGGGUACCAGUAUGAGAGGAAAGGACAGGGAUUGAUGACGGGUGGGUCGAGUAGUCAGCUUGUCGGUGGGACAAAUGGGCGGUAUAGUAGAACUGGCGGAGGGGGUCAUUUGUCGGAUUAUGAGGAUGGAUCGUCGAGGAUGUCGCGUCUUGUUGGCGACCAACGGGAACGCCGGCGAUGA